CUGGUCAACAUAAUCCUAAAACAAUUCAAGAUAGUUUACUACCAUCAGCUUCAUUCGAGCAAUAUCAAAUUUCUAUGUUUAUGUCCUGCGUAGUUAUUUUUGACAGUGAUGGAGGGGUGGGGGAAGUAAGUAAAUCCGGUCAAAUGCUUUUAUUAUUGUUAGCGAGAGCAUUGAUAUCUAGAUUUGUCAAACAAAAUGAUUCUGUCAAUUAUGCUGAUUUAUUGAUACGGAUUCCGGAAGUUCUCAUUAGCGUUCCUACGACCAUCAUUCGCAAGUUUGCCCGCAAGUCAUGGAGGUAUAUGGAUGCUUAUGACAAGGGAUUGGAGGGUAGAACCGCUGAGUGGGCUGUUAGUAAGUUUAAAUCACAUCGUCGAUUACCUGAAAGUAUUGAAAGAAUUAUGGAGCAUAAUAAUUAG